GGAAGUCGAGGAGAUUAUCGACGAACAGGUCCGCGCUUGCUCAACCUUCCUUCCCCCUAUGGACAGAGCCCCGCCUGCUCAACCUCCCUUCCCCUUAUAGCCAGAUCCCCCCCGCCCCCCGCCAAGCCAGCGAUUACUGUGAAACCUCUCACCAAAUCUGCAAAAACAAAAAGAAGGAAAUCUUAUGAUCUGAAGCAUCUAAUCUACAUCAAAUAAAAAAUCAAAUAAGAGGACACAGGGAUAUAAUAAUAAGACAAUUCCAUAAUCGAGGACACCAACAGACAAAACGAUGGACAGGGGAUAUGGAAAAGCUAGUGUAGCAGGCUCCUUAAUCUUCUUCCAGGGGGCCAUGAGACAUACUCUUGGUAGACGGUCCCUCAUCUCCCCAUAUGAACGACCGAUCAACAGGACACUGCCCACAUCUCAAACGUCUGGACUCUGCUCCGCACCCUUGUCUGCGACCACUGAUCAGGCUUCCCGCAGCUUGUCCACGACGACUGAUCAGGCCUCCCAAAGAGAUCAGAUCGAUAAGGAGGCAAGGGCAGGACUAGGGAAGCCAACAACUGGGCAGGACCAAGACAUGGGGGUAGGAGGGGAGAGAGACGAAGCAACCCCCACGCAGGACAAAGCAGAAAGAUCAGACAAAGAGGGGAAAGAAGACGUGGAGAUGAAAGAGGGCGAGGAGGACGAGAUACUAACUGAGGAAGAGAAGAGUGAGAUCACAGGCAAACAAGAGAUUAAUCAGGAAAGGAAAGAAGAGACAUCAGCAAAGGGUGAGGAGAAACCCUCGUGGGCACAGCGGGUGAGGAAUACAAUGCAAGGGAAGACCCUGACCAUAAAACGGUCAGCAGCAGACUGGCAGCGAGGAAUGACAGAGGACUUAAGAGUGCCAUUGAAGAAGCUUUCCUCAGCAAGAGCAUACUUCCUCACCCUCUUCCUCCUCCCCUCUGAAAGCCAGGUGAUGGAUCAAGGAGGACGGAAAACGUUGAUGAGAACGUACCCAAUCGAAAAACUGGAGGAGGGAGACAAGGCAUAUAUAAAGCACACGAGUAAUUGGGUAUUCCAGGGCGAAGUUGCGCAGAAGUCGGAGCGUAAUCUUCUGCUUCUCAGUUUGUUAUUGUCUGCGUCAUUUCUGUCACGUCAGUUUGCUGAAACCAUUGUCACGGUGAGAGCUGAUGGGACAGCAUGCGAUUCGGAAGAUUGCGACCCGGAGGCUCUGAGGAUGGACGGAGACCUGCUCCAUGGAACACUGUUUGUUCAUAUUUAUGAAGCCGCAAAUGUGGAUGCUUUGGUGAAAAUGGCAGAUGAUGGCGGACUAUUCGAUGGGAUUGUGAGCUUCUUUGCCGGCGAUGACAGCGAGUCAAUCGACACGUAUGCAAGCGUGGAAUUGCCGCCGGCCGUUGUGGCCAGGACCAGGAUCAUCAAAGACAAUCCGGCGCCGGCAUGGAACGAGUCGUUUCACAUCAGGGUCGCUCAUCGAGCGAUGGACUUGGUGAUCUCUGUGAUGGACAGCUCGGCAGGCAAGGAUGAACCCCUGGGGACCCUUCGCAUCCCUACCUCGUUGAUAUCGCAGGAGGAGGCAGUGAGUAAUUGGUUCCAUCUGUACAGGAACGACGAACCCACCGACGCGAAGAUUCAUAUAGAGUUGAAGUUCACACCCAUUGCGCAGGAGAAGAAGGAAGCAGGGGUGCCUUGCACAUUCUUUCCGCUGCAUAAGGGUAAUCGCGUAACGCUGUUCCAAGAUGCUCACGUGCCUGACCACUUCGCCCCGCCUGUGCUUCUGGAAAACGACCAGCCGUACGAGCAGCAGCGGCUGUGGGAGCAACUGUACACAUCCAUCUCCAACGCCAAGCAUUUCAUUUACAUUGCCGGAUGGUCCGUUCUGCAUAAGACCGUCUUGGUGCGUGACCAGAGUCGGAUGCUUCCCGGCGCCGAAGGGCUGAGCAUCGGCGACCUGCUGGUGAAGAAGAGCGACGAAGGGGUCCGCGUCCUGCUCUUGGUAUGGGACGACCGGUUCUCCACGCAGUUGAAUCCAGGGGGGGUCAUGGGUACGUCCGAUGCCGAGACUUUCGAUUUCUUCCAGGACACAAGGGUCAAGUGUGUGCUGUCCCGACGCUCACCGGACAGGGAUCUCGACGCCGCUGAGGAGCUGACCAUCUCGACGAUGUUCACGCAUCACCAGAAGCUGGUCGUGGUGGAUGCUCCAGCGACGCAGUCGUCGGUAUCCGAGCUCAGAAGAGUGGAGGCGUACGUCGGCGGCAUCGAUCUGUGUAAUGGGCGCUUCGACACGCCCGAUCAUCAUCUGUUCCGCAAGCUUGCCACGUGGCACAGCGAUGACAUGUACCAGGGCAACCUCAAGUCCGCGUCCCUCGCAAGGGGGGGCCCUAGGGAGCCCUGGCACGAUAUCCAUGCCAAGGUGGAGGGCCCUGCUGCAUGGGACGUCCAUACCAACUUCGAACAGCGAUGGCACAUGCACGUCGAUCAGGCGGAUCACGAAGAUCUGUUCGAUUUCCAGAAGAAUUGGGAUCUCUUCGAGGGCCCCGAGGUAGCCGUAGUGCCGGAAUCCGACCCAGAUGCAUGGAACGUGCAGUUCCUCCGCUCCAUCGACACUGGCUCGGUGGUUGGCUUCCCUGACGAUCCGCAAAUGGCCGCGAAGUUUGGGCUCGUGAGCGGAAAGAACGUGACCAUCGACAGGAGCAUUCAAGACGCCUACGUGCACACCAUUCGCCGAGCGGAGGCGUUCCUCUACAUCGAGAAUCAGUACUUCUUGGGCAGCUCUUUUGCAUGGGCCAAGGACCGCAAGGUGGGUGCCAUUCACACCAUCCCCGUGGAAAUCGCUCUCAAGAUCGCGCAGAAGAUCGACGCUGGGGAACCAUUUGCCGUCUACGCGCUUAUCCCAAUGUGGCCGGAGGGUGUGCCCACCUCUACCUCCCAACAGGAGAUACUCAAAUGGCAGCACAAUACCAUGGAAAUGAUGUACACCAUCAUUGCUGAGGCAAUUCGGGCCAAAGGACUGGAAGCCAAGCCCACCGACUACCUCAACUUCUUCUGCAUUGUGACCAGGGAGACUCCGACGGACGAUGAGCACCAGCCGUCCGAAGCUCUUGAUGAGGAGGAUGUCCACUACAAGAACGCACAACUCCACCGGCGGUUCCCUAUUUAUGUCCACUCGAAGAUGAUGAUUGCGGAUGAUGAGUACGUCAUCGUUGGAUCGGCGAACAUCAAUCAACGGUCCAUGGAUGGAGCACGCGACACCGAAUCUGCUAUUGGAGCUUAUCAGCCAUACUACACCUAUGCACAGCGGUCGGAUCUUCCACGCGGUCGAGUGCACGGCUUCCGUAUGUCCUUGUGGGCGGAGCAUACGGGCGAGAUCGAGGAGGUUUUUCUGUACCCAUCUUCGGAGGAGUGCGUGCGAAGAGUGAGAGAUAUUGCGGAGAACAACUGGCAGACAUUCAUCUCCGAUGAGACCACGGACAUGCGGAGUCAUAUCGUGCCAUACCCAGUUGUGGUGGGGGAGGACGGAAGGGUCACUGCGCUGGAGGGAUUCGAACACUUCCCGGAUACAGAGGCAGAGGCAAAGGUUCUCGGCAAAAAGUCGUCUACGAUGCCUGAUAUCCUCACAACCUAAAUUAUUAGAUAAAUUAUUAUAUAAAAUAAAAUAAAUAAAUAUUAUAUGAUAUACGACAUAUGAGACACUGAUCGGCCUCAUCAGCUGCAGCAUGAGGAGAGACGCCUUAAAAUGCACAGUGCACACCCAUACAGAUCCAGAUUUCCCCAAAAAAAAAAAAAAAAAAAAAAAAAAAAAAAAAUCCAGACAUCUCUCAUGCACACUAAUAGAGCCAAAAUCCGACGACGAGAAAGCGCAAAGGGUCAACGGAGCCGAAAUAAUUUUGGCCUCGCUGCACUACUCUCGAAAUGUGCAAAAGGAGAGUGAAUCUUCCGCUAGAAUAUGGAAAGAUACACGGCCAUGAUUUUUGUCUUUACCUGGGACGCUGGACCCGUUUUCCAGCAGGUGAUGCUCCCCACCAAUAGAUGAGCCCCCCCAGGUGCUAGUGGUGUCUGCUCCUACGAGCAUCACUAAUACUGAUAGGGGUUUUAAAAAAAAAGAAAAAAAAGAAAAAAAAAAGAAAAAAAAAAAAGAGAAAAAGAAGUUCAACCUGAUACCCAUGGAUCGAAGACAGGCCGAUGUAUCUGACCGGUUUUACGUCCAGAUGUGACUUGAAAAUUGAAAUAGUCCUAGUGUGAGUAUGCCCUCAAGU